AACAACACUGCUAUUUUCUCUCUGAUCACACAAAAUCACAUUCACUUUCUUCCUCCGAAGCUGCUCGGAAGGAUCGAGCAUUUUCAAUUUCGGUGAAUGAAUUCAAUUAAGCUCAAUUUCGAGGUCUGAUUCUACGACCAUGUGGUAUUCCUUCUGGAGAUCCAGAGAUCGUUUCUCCUUGGAUCAACUCAGGUACUUAACUGAUCAAUUGACAAAAGUUCAUAUUGUUAAUGAGGUUAAUAAGGAUUUUGUUAUUGAGGCACUGAGAUCAAUUGCGGAGCUGAUAACAUAUGGUGACCAACAUGACCCAAGCUUUUUUGAAUUCUUCAUGGAAAAGCAAGUCAUGGGCGAAUUUAUGCGUAUUCUAGAACUUAGCAGGACUGUAAACGUUCCACUUCAGUUGUUGCAAACUCUGAGCAUCAUGGUCCAGAACUUAAAAAGUGAACAUGCUAUAUACUAUAUGUUUGGUAAUGAACAUAUGAACUACCUGAUAACGUAUUCAUUUGACUUUCAAAAUGAAGAGCUGUUGUCUUACUACAUAUCCUUUUUAAGAGCAAUAAGUGGAAAAUUGAACAAGAAUACAAUUUCUCUGCUUGUGAAGAUUCACGAUGUAAUGGUUUCGUUUCCAUUGUAUGUUGAGGCCAUACGCUUUGCUUUUCAUGAGGAGAACAUGGUUCGCACUGCUGUACGAGCUAUCACCCUUAAUGUUUAUCAUGUUGGAGAUGACUCUGUUAAUAGAUAUAUAACCAGCGCACCUCACAAAGAUUACUUCUCAAACCUGGUUUCAUUUUUUAGGAAGCAGAGCGUGGAUUUAAAUAGACUGGUCUCUAAUACACUAAUAAAUCCGGGCCCAGAUUCAACCUCUACAAUUAUUGGUGCUGUAGAUGAAAUUGAGAACAACCUGUACUACUUUAGUGAUGUUGUCUCUGCUGGAAUUCCUGAUGUUGGGAGGCUAAUAGCAGAUAGCAUUCUGAUGGUUUUGAUAUUUCCAUUACUUCUUCCUUCCCUGCGGAUAGUGAUUGAUAAUGACAUGCAAAGUGGUGUUGUCACUUCUCUCUACUUACUUUGUUGCAUCUUGAGGAUAGUCAAAAUCAAAGAUUUGGCAAAUACCAUAGCUGCUGCUUUUUUUUAUCCCUCAGAGGCCUUUACAAAGAGUUCUGUGGGUAAAUUCAAUGUCCAUAUACCUGAUCAUGGUUUCACAUCUGAGUGCCAAGUGUCAGAUAAUGAUAAUCUUACCAAGUGUGAUACAAGACACUCAAUGUUCAAUGUUCCAUACGCUUCUAGUUCUUUAGGUUUUCAUCCAGAAGGUGUUCUCACGCAAAAUGAUUGUAGCAGUUCAAAUUUGUCUAUAAGGGAGGUUUUGCUUGCAUAUUUAACAAAAGGAGAUGAUGCCCAAGUUUUGGGUUCUUGGAGUGUGCUUGCAACUCUGUUGCAAACUAAAGAACUUGAUGAAUCAAUGCUAGAUGGGCUUGGAAUUCUUCCACAACGUCAACAACAAAAGAAACUCUUAUUGCAAGCUUUAGUUGGCGAGGAUUCAGGUGAAGAGCAACUAUUUUCUUCCAAAAAUAGCUUGGCAAGGGAUGGCAUUAGUAGUGAUCUUGAUGUCUAUCAUGAAAAGAUAAAGGAGCAGUAUGGAGUAUCUUUUCAGCCUUCUGAUGGGAGAAUAAGCCCUCGCGUACAUAGAUUUCAGGUGAUUGAUGCAUUAGUGAUCCUAUUUUGUCGCUCUAAUAUAUCUGCAGAGACACUAUGGGACGGUGGUUGGCUUUUGCGCCAGUUGAUUCCUUACAGUGACUCAGAAUUCAACAGCCAUCACCUUGAAUUACUGAAAGUAAGAACAUAUUAUGAGGCUUUUCUAGCAAUAUCCACAAUAAAGGUUUCUUACAAGAAUUGUGCUUCUGCUCUUGAAGAGGAAGUUAGAGGUAUCUGGCCUGACUUUCUUAUCUCUGUUCUCUGUGAUGAGUGGAGAAAGUGCAAAAGAGCAAUGGAGUCGUCAUCUGCUCGAAAAGAGCCAAAUUGCAUGCUUUUGCCACCACAAAAGCUCUCUUCAGAAGAUGAUAUUCCAAAAGGAUCAUCUUUUGCUGCUGGAGAAAGAAUGCAUGAGUUGGUGAAGGUAUUUGUACUGCUGCACCAACUUCAAAUAUUCACCCUUGGUAGAACUUUAUCUGAGCAACCUCCAAUUUACCCUCCCGGUGAUCUCCCUGCAAAUUGUCGUGCCCAGACUUCUGGGCUUGAUGUGUCAGGCCCAAAGCCAGGAACUGAAGUCCGCCUUGGUAAUGCUGUGCCUUGUAGAAUUGCUUUCGAGAGAGGAAAAGAAUGUCAUUUUUGCUUUCUAGCAAUCUCUUUAGGAAUAUGUGGGUGGCUUGUUCUUGCAGAAGAAUUGCCACUGAAGAAGUCCUACGGAGUCGUUCGGAUUGCUGCACCUUUGCCUGGGUGCAAUCCCAAGAUUGAUGAUAAAAAUUCAACAUGGCUACACUUGCGGAUCCGGUCAUCCUCUUUACCCUUUUUGGAUGCUGCCAAAGUCAAUGACUAUGGGAAACUGAACACAAAAACUUUGGUAGAUGGAAGAUGGACAUUGGCGUUCAGGGAUGAGGAGUCUUGCAAGUCUGCUUUAUUCAUGAUUGUUGAAGAGAUCAAUUUUCUGAGUGAUGAGGUUCAUAGAAGACUAAAACCUUUGCUCAACCUUGAAACUGCAAUAGAUUUAUCAAGCUCGUCUGUAUAUGCUGCAGGGGAUUCAUCUUCGUAUAGAACACCUCCCAAUUCAUUUUAAGUUAUUUGGCAUGGUUUACCAUAUUAGGUUGGAGAAUAUUUUUAGUGGUCCAAGACCACCAAGUUGAAUGAUCCCUUUUCCAAAUGUGGAAAUUUUUUAGGGAUAUAGAUGGAAAGAUAAAUGAAAAAAAUGAGUAGAGUGGAAUUUUUUUUUCCACAUUUGGAAGAGGGACCACCCAACUUUGUAUAUGCUCCCAAAAUAUUAAGUCUCAGAUACCAUUUUGUAAAUGCUCCCAAAAUACAUACCAGAUUUUAGAUUACCAGUUGUGGUUAGUGUCAUUUUAUUUUUUAUUUUUUUUGUAUAUAUUAGCUUUUCGUUGACCAUAUCUGUAAGUUUACCCGUUGCUAUCAUUUUUUAGCAGCUCUAACCGUUGCGCCGUAUCAGUUUUUCCUAUUACAUUGUUAGUU